UAACCUUUGAUGUUUAGUUGUGUGCCAGAUGGUGCCAGAAGCGGUCGGAGUUUGACGAUGCGGCACGUAUCAAUUUCGACAUUUCGGCAAACUUAUAUGUUAUCUGAUCUUCGUCGACGAGUGCCGGUUUUUUUCUCUAAACUGUUCUUCUCUUGUAAAUGUCGAUCGUUUGUAACGGUGGCAUGAGUGUAACCAUAACGGCUUUAACCUCUUCAAAUAAGUUGUCCAAAAUUUUUCUACAAGUCUUUACAAAAGUGCACAAAAUGCAAUAAAACGUGCGUCUAAGCGUUUUAGGUGAAGGUUCGACAAUGCUUUUGAAUGGCGGAAACAAUUUAUCAAAUAUAACUUCUUUUAUAAUUACAUGUCGAGGAACUAUUGCUGGAUAUCGUCUUGCAUUUUUAAAUGCUAUACUUGUUGAGAUGACUCUUAUUCCUUUGAACAAAGUAUAAACGCGAUAAAUGAGUGCUCCUGAAGAAUCAUUAAAUGAUCAGGAUCCUGAUUAUGUCUCCGCAACCUCCAACGACCAAGUUCGACAGAAGAUUCACGAAACAAAUGCAAGAAACACUACCGCAAAAAAGAUAACUGCAAUAGUGGAGAGGGAGUUCUCAAAGGAAAUUGAUUUGAAGGAGAAAGAAAUUUUGCAAAUACAAGAGAGAUUACAUAAAACCCUAAAGAUUUUUCAUCUGUUGCGUUACUUUAUAAUUACUAACUUCUACAAUCGCAAGCAGUGUCAAAUUCCUCAAGCUGCGGAGACAACGAGACAGACGAGGAUUCAUCCUGCGAUUAAGACCUUGCUUGGCAAGUGUCCCAAAUCUGCUGAGUGUGUAGAUCUCGCGGUGCCAUCGACAUCCACUGAUCCCCGAUUUUUAUAUAACGAUAACGACGAAUCCCUUUCAUCGGGCGUGAACUCAGUGGUGAAUAGCGCAAAGAGCGAGGAAAAUGCGAAGCAAAAUUGCAAUGGCGCAAGGUCGCAAAGCGAGAAACGAAAGGUCGAACCGAACGAGUCUCAACCUCGUAAGGUACCUCGUUACAUACCGCCGAAAAGCAACAUGCCUGAUAAAACAGGUCCAUCCCGCGGAAACAGCCACAAGGUCCGCAAACGCGUCAUCGUCGGUAAUAUUUCCAAAUGGAUUCCAUCGGACUGGCGAGAGGAUGCGUCCAGUCACAAGUGGACGAUGUACGUUCGCGGUGAUCAGGAGAAUGCUAACAUCAGCACUUUUGUCAGUAAGGUGAGAUUCUUUCUGCAUCCCAGUUACCGUCCAAACGACGUCAUCGAGGUUACGUCGUAUCCAUUUCAUCUGUCUAGACGAGGAUGGGGCGAAUUUCCUCUUAGAGUACAGCUGCACUUCAAGAAUACCCUGAACAAGCCCAUGGAUAUAAUUCAUCAUCUUAAAUUAGAUCGCACCUACACAGGACUGCAAACUCUAGGCUCCGAAACUGUGGUCGACGUAUGGAUUCACACGACGGAAUCCUGUAAUUUAGAGCAGAAUAAUAGCGAAAAGUCCAUCGAAUUUUCCGUUAACAGCACUUUUAUAAAGAAAGAACUGAAUGAUGGCAAUAGUUCGGAGUCUAUUGAUAGGCAAAAAGCGAAAGACGCGUCAUGGCUUGGCACGAGCAUUUCUAAGGAAAUUCAAGUGAAGGAGGAGAUAUCCGACUCGAAAGAACACAAACGAUUUAAUUCGUUAUUGGAUUCAGUAAACAAUUUAGAAAGCGUUAGAAUAAAUACUGAAUCUAACGAGAGAACCACUUAUGUAUUCAAUGAGAAACGUGAAAAGGCAGCCACUGUAACGCUAAGCUACUAUAUUGAACAUGAUCAUAAUUAUUCUUGCAGUCAGUAUUCAAACUCUCGACAUUGUACCGUAAGAGAAAGAAACGUGACUGUGGAACAUUUUCCAGAAAAUAAUCGCACGUUAUCUACUAUUGAUUUUCCAAUUGAGAGUGGCGAAAGAAGAUCCGAUAUAACUACCUCGAAUAGAUUUAAUGGUGACAUUCAGUCUUCCAGUAAUCAUCAGCCUUUGGUAUCUUCGAACAUGAUGAACGAUUCGACGCUGGUGAUGUCAAUAAAUACAACAUUCCAAGAGAACGAUAAUCAGAAGCGUCCACUAUCUUCCGAUACGGAUAAAUUUUUACAAACAAAAAACUCGAAGAGAGAUGAUACUUUCAAGAUUUUAGAAGCUACUUCGGCCGGACGCACAGUAAUGCUUAAUGGUGCCCACAAAUCGACCGGUGCCUCGUUUGAUCACUUCGACAGUUUGCAGAAAACCAUUGAUUCUUCGGAAAUCUGCAAUUCGCAUUUAAAACCUUUAGAAAUUGCCAUACCACCGUCGAACAUAUUAACGUCAUCGACUAGCAAGCAUGUACUUCUCUUGAAGUAUAAGAAAUCGAUACCGAUGAAUUUCUCGAGUAUGCUUCCAUCGAAAUCGUCUAACGAAAACUCGAGAAUGUUUAUCGAUGGUGACGUGAGAGUUUCCUCCGUUCCACGGGAGGAUAAUGUCGUGAAGUCGAAUGUUCCAUGGGAGGGUAACGUCGUGAAGUCGAAUGUUCGCGUUUCUCAGGGCGUGAGUAUCCUGAAAAAGCCGCCUAAUAGCAAGCCGAACGUGCAACAGGAAGACACGAUCAACAACAAUAAGAGAACUGCCGUGUUCAAGCUGAAAGGUGCUAACAGUCUUCUACUAAACGUUAACGAGAACGUGCCGAUCCUGAAAAUAGCGGACACGUACAAUUAUCAACGAUACAAUUGCCAACUUCCCGGCAGGCAAGAGUUCGCACUCUCGGAGAAGACGACGGUGCAACGGCCGAAGAUCACGCUGGGCAAGGACAAGUUAAAGAUGCAGAGCAAGAGAGAUCAGUACGAGGCGGUUUUCCGCACGAUCGACGCCGCGAAUAUCGCCGAGCCGGAGGCGCUGAUACGAUUCCUUGUACGCCGAUUGCCGAUCGUCACGCAAGACGCCCACGAUCCCGAGUACAGACAGAUGCAUCCGUAUGCGUGUUGCAGCGAGGAGGAGUACUUGACGUACAAUGUUGGUAAACAACGAGCCAUGGAAUGGUAUCGCGCGAAGACGAUCCGAGAUUUUCUGCAAAUGAAGUUAAUCCCGACUGAUCAGCUGUGGAGUGUCAAGGAGAUUAUAUUGUGGACGAGACUGCACGGCUACACCCCGAGUCGGAGGAGUACCUUCGGGACAGUGCAGCCAGGAACAGCCGGGACAAGCGACACGAGAAAGUUACCCGAUAUCACAUCUACGUCCACCGCGAUCGUGUCUACGUGCACGGAACCAAUUACGUUGCAAAAGUGGCUCGAUACCUGCCAGCAAGAGCCUAAUCAUCGAUCGACGGAUUACACUGAUGACGAAGAGAUCGAUGUCGUGAGCAUCGACGAGAAUUCACAUGGACUCGAUCGGAGAAAAAGCGGCAGUAAUCGGAAUAGCAAUUGUUCAACCGGUUCCACGUUAAUACCGAUUGAACUUGACAAGAAACUACUACCGUUUCACAAUUUCGUGUGCAACACCGCGCGAGAUAUCGGUAUCAAAAUCGGACCAGAAGAGAUUGUCCCUGGCGUUUUGUAUUGUGCAGCUAGUCGCGUAUUAAUGAAGGUUGUUGAGUGUUUUGUAGAAGAUCUCACUCGAGCGUCAUUGGCAAGCGCUUGUGAAAGAAGCAGCGGAAAUGAAUGUCCCGAAGUUAUUACGCUGGGCGACGUCCGUAACGCUCUUAUGAGUCGAGAGGAAUUCGACAUUUUUACGAACGAAGGUCUGGGCUCGAAACAAGAAUUGAAUACAGCGGAGCUAUUGUGACGACAUGCAAGUGUAAUUGCAAGACA